UAUUUUUAACAAAAUGUUUAAGUCCCUAAAAUUUAACUUUGUAAUUAUUAUUCAUCAGUUUUGAACAGUUUGCAGUACCCCAAUCACAUUGUUAUAUUGUUUCAAUAAUGUUGCACGUACGCAAGUUUUGGCUUCGUAUGCGUCAUAUAGCAUAUAGGUAGGUCGCGGACGGAACACGAUUAGAGUACAUACCAUUACUAUACGUAUAAUCUUUGAUAUACUAUAAUGCCGUUUGUUCCGUUUCGUUUUAUCCGAAAUUUCCCUAACAAUGUUCGCAAUGCGAACCACUGGACCAUAAGCUUUAUGCCAAAAAUACGAGCAACAUCACGGAUAAAAUUCCACAAGGUAUGUCUAUAUAUACGUAAAGUCAACGAACUCUUUUGAAAUCGUGAGAAGUUCGCAAAUAACCGACUUUGAAUACGAUGAACUUGGUCAGCAGAGUGAAGAGUUUCGUUCAUAACCUUUUCAAUGCUCCCUCAACAACAAGAAUUACGGAUGCCAAAUAUUAACUGUAGCAGAUACGGAAGAAGAGUUAAAUGAAUUUAUAAGUCAAGUUAGACCUUGUGUGCCAAAACUAAAUCAUUUAGCUUUAGAUGCUCCGGCGGGUAAUAAGGACAUUAAUGAGAAGGAUAAAUCAAAUAAAUCCAGAAAGAAAGCAAGAAAGAAAUUUAAAAAAUCUGAAGAAGAUGCAGCGGCUUAAAUAAUAAGUCAGUACCAACAAUCGCUAGAGGACAACCAUAAGGAUGGGCUUGGACUGGAGCUAAGCGAUCAAGACAUUCCAAAGAAAACGAAAGGCACUGAUUUCAGACUGCAAGAUAGUAGAAGCCAUGAUAUGGACGAUGACAGCCAGGACUACAGAAAUGAGGACCACAAAAAUAGAAACAGGGAGCAUGAAGACGGUGUGGAAGAGACUAACAAGCCAGACAGACAAAAUAAUGUAGUGGACCAAUUAAAACUAAAACUAAGGGAAGAAAGAAGGCACAGGUUAAGAGCGAUUGAAGCUCUCAGCGUAUUAAGAGAAAAGAAAGAAGAGGAGAAGAGACAAAAGGAAGAUGAAGAACACAAGAAAAAGGCUGAGAAAGCUGAAGUGGCCGCUCAAGAAAAACAAAAAGAAGUACGAGGAUUUCCUCAGAUUAUGAAUGCCGAUAGCGAAAUACCUGUGAAGAAAGCAGCUGUUCAAGAGGCUUAUGCUCAAAAGGAGCUCAGCAGAUUUUAUAUAAACAUGAUGUACGCAGCAUGGGGACGUAGUCGGCUUUCCGAACGGUGCGUAAAGAAGACAAAAAAAAUAAGGACUUGAAGGUUCUCACUCCCAGGAAAAAAAGGUCUGUGAGGGCGCAUUUUGAACACUUCCUGAACCAUUACAAGUUUCCAGAACAGCUGCAUAAUCACUAUUUAGGAUUAGUAAAUAACUAUGCCAGGCGGGCAAUCAAUGGAGCAAAAGCUCACGUUAAAACGAUCACAGAGUAUCAAGAACUCGGUUCUGACUACGAUGAAGAGGAACUAGAGAUGAUAGAGCUAUAAAAAUAACUUGUUUAAAAGCUACUUCUAAAAUAUAGUACAUUGUUUACCAUUACGUAAUUUCAUAUUAUUUAUUUUGUAUUACAAAUAAAUAAUGCCCUUCUACCACGAACAAAUAAUGGCUCGAAAGGAAACA